AAAGAUAGAGCAAUUUACUUUGCAAAUAUUGCUGCAUGUCAUCUCAAAUUGGGUAAACCAAAAGAUGCAAGGGAUAUGUGUACUCGAGCCAUUGAAUUGGAUCCUGAAUAUACCAAGGCUUUAUUACGAAGAGCUCAGGCUAAUGAAAAGAUUGGGUCUUACACAGCACUAUCCGAAGCACUAGAGGACUAUAAGACACUUGUCAAAACACCUAACUUGGAUGCCUAUACACGGAAAGAAUGUACUAGGGCAGAGAGGACCUUACCAGACAUUAUCAAGGUCCAAAUGGAGAAAGAGAAAGAUGAAAUGAUGGGCAAACUAAAAGAUCUCGGAAAUACUCUCUUGGGAAAGUUUGGACUUUCGACUAAUAAUUUCCAGUUCCAACAAGAUCCUAACUCGGGCGGUUACAGUAUGAAUUUUGUUAAUGGAGAUAAUAACCAGCCAUCCAAAUCAUCUUAA